AUGGUCCCCUGCCGAAAAGCACUAAGUGGAAAUACAAAGCUGACUGAUGGCCAGACAGCACAGGGGGUUGUCGCUGUGUGCGCAAGGCACGGCAAGAGCCACGCUCUCUCUGCGCUCUCCCAAACAACAGCUACCGCAGGAUCAGCGGCAGGAAGUGCGUGGACUUUCCGAGAGCAACAGGAGACAAACGGAAGAAUGCCUCGUGACGAUUCAGAAGAGGAUGAGAGCUCCAGUAGUAGUAGCAGCAGUAGCAGCAGUGACACUUCAGAAGACGAACGCCAUCGGCGGAAAAAGGAGAAGAGGGCGAAGAAGCACUCGAAAAAGAGUAAAUCCAAGAAGCACGAAGGCGGCCAUGCCGAGCGCAAGCGUAAAAGUGCAAAGUCUGCGAAGAAGAAGAAGAAGAAGAAGCAAAAAGACAAGGUAGCUUUAGGGGCUGUUGGCGAUCGUUGGGGCCGCUACGGCAUCAUCCAUGACACGGACAUGUGGGCCAAACGGCCCGAGUUCACUUUGUGGCUGCUGGAAGUGAAAAACAGGAACAUCGAAGAGCUCGCAAACUGGGAGGAGAAGCGGCUUUUCAGCGACUUUGCAGAGGACUUCAAUACUGCAACCUUGCCUCACAAAAAAUACUACAACUUGGAACUCUGGGAGGCAGAAGAACGCAUGCGUCAGGCUCAGAAGGAGCCCGUGCACAGGGAGAGAACAGAGUUCAACGACGAGGUUCUGCGCAUGAAGGAGAUCCGGAAGCUAAGGGAAGAGCGCAAGCAGCUCGCAACAGCUCAGGAGCUACAGAAUCUGCGGCGGGACCGCGACAAGGUCAUGGACAUGCGGGAGCAACGCUUGAUGGCAACCAAGGUGGAAACCUUGUACAAAUUGGGGCGCAAUGCAGAGGCGGAGGCACUGGCAGAGCGCCUCAAGCCGGAUACAUAG